UACAUUCACAUAGUGAGAAGAGCAGAAGUGAGUUACAAAAGAAAUAUAGAAAAAAGAUGACACCAGCCUACAUUCUGCUGCUCUUCUUUCAGUGCUGCUGUGUCUCGGGGCAGCUUGGAAAUAACUUCAGUCAUCUGGCUAACCUGGCACUGAAGGUUUCUGUCGAUAAAGUCAACAGGCAGUCCAGCAAUUUCAACCUGCACAGGCCAACAAGCAGUGUGGUCCGAAAGAUCACACUGGGACGUGAUAAUACAUAUGAUAUCCUGCUUGAUUUCGGAAUAAAGGAGACAGUCUGUCUGAAAUAUACCAGGAGACCAUACAGGAAUCGUUGCCAUUUCAAACAGGGACGUCUUGCGUCAAAGAAAUUGUGCUCCAGUCUUGUGCGUGUUGGCAGCAUUUCUGUAGCUCCUCUGGGCAUCAGUUGUCUGGCUGAUACAGCUACGCUUGGGUCCAGCUCAGAGUCCAGCAGUGAAGAGGUCAUUAUCCGGCGGAUAGGACGGGUUCCUCUGGGCUCUUUGUCUUCAGGAAUCAUUCUGUGUCGAGGAGAGUUUAACUGUUCGAGAUUACUACUGUGA